AUGUCUCGAAGUUCGCGUGUUGCUGUCAUUGGUGCUGGUUCGGUUGGAUCUACUAUAGCUUUUGCUUUACUCAUCCAAAGGAUUUCUUCAGAAAUUCUUAUGGUCGAUAUCGUUCAAGAAAUUGCUGAAGGACAAGUAUCUGAUCUUUCUGACGCAAACUUUGUCGCCUCCAAUCAUGUUCGCGUCGGAACCUUUGAAGAAGCUGGCCAAAGUGAUAUCAUUAUUAUUACUGCUGGUGCUAAACAAAGACCUAAUGAAACGAGAUUAGAUUUAAUUGAUAGGAAUUAUAAAAUUUUGGAUAAUGUGAUCGGAUCUAUGAAACCAAUUAAUCCAAACGCUAUUUUAUUAUUGGUCUCUAACCCAGUUGAUAUUUUAACAUAUAUUGCUCAAAAACUUUCGGGUUUGCCGAAAAACCAAGUUUUUGGAUCAGGUACUUUCUUGGAUUCAGCAAGACUGAGACGUAAAUUAUCCGGCAUACUUGGGGUUUCCGAAAAUUCAAUUCAUUGUUAUUCGUUGGGUGAACAUGGUGAUUCACAAAUUAUUGCAUGGAGUUCAGCUUCGGUUGGUGGUAAACCCUUAUUAGAAUUUCCAGAGGUUGCAAUUUUAGACAAAGAACUCGUAGCAAAAGAAAUUUCAAACAAAGCCAAUGAAAUUAUCAAACUCAAAGGUGCAACAUUUUUUGGAAUUGCCGGAUGUGUUUCCUUGGUGGUUCAAUCUAUUAUAUUUAACCAACGACAUAUUCGACCUUUGAGUACAUAUGUUGAAGAAUACGGUUGCGUAUUCAGUAUGCCUGUUGUGUUAGGAAGAAAUGGGGUUGAAAAGGUAAUCGAUAUUAACUUGAAUCAAGAAGAGAAAGACAAAUUAAAACAGUCUGCUAAGAUUUUAAGGGGAGUUUGUGCUAAAUAUGUCUAA